ACUUAUUUUCAGUCAGUUUGCGGAUAAAUCUUCAGUUGUCUUUGUUACUGUUGAGUGAGAAGUGAUGUUGAGUUGAAGUCGGAGUGGAAUAUAGAUGAGUGUUCCCAGAUUUGACAUAGUAUUAGAUAGCAACAGAACAUAUCAACCUGGCCAGGAUGUCACUGGACACGUCAUUGUAGAUCUUACCGGUCCUCUGAAGAGUCGUGGUGUAGUUUUAUCCUGCAGAGGAGGGGGCUACGUUCGGAUCAACCCUAACAGGAAGAAACUGAGACAGAAUGAGUUGCUGGAGAGCAAGGAGAUUUAUUUUACUGAGGAUAAGUUUACAGCAGGAGAUGGUCAGAAUCUCAUGCUCUUUCAGCCAGGUUCCUACACGUUUGAGUUCAGCAUAACGUUACCCCUCAAGAUACCCAAUACGAUAAACACGAUACAUGGAUACGUUAGAUACGUCCUUUACUGCAGGUUUUACGAAACACCUCUACCAAAGUUCCUACAAGAUACGUAUCUGGAUAUAAAAGAGCUGUUCUCAGAACCCCAGCAACUCCGCCUUGGUGGUGUGUCAGUGCAGCAAUUUGUCCUCUUUAGAAGUUGCAACAUCUCUGUUGUGCCUGGUAUUCUUAACAGCAGAUACGAACAAGCGUUUGAGCGAAUGAGUCACGUGAUCUGUGGCUCAGGGGAGAUCUCCUUCCUCUUCUCGAUCCCUAAAACAGGAUAUCAGAUUGGGGAGAACAUGCACGUUACUGCAGAUAUAAGGAACAUGUCUAAACGAGAGGUCAUCUAUUCAGAGGUGGCAAUCAAUCAGACGAUCACUUUUAAAGCAGGUGGCCAAACAGACACGGUACACAAGCGAAUCUGCAGCACGAAGCGCGGUGGAAUCCCUCCUCAUGAAACCUACCUGUGGGAUUGUGUUCCCAUCUUCAUACCUAACAUCUGUGACGUCACAACUGCACAUUGUAAUAUCAUGGUACUGGAGUAUUGGGCUAGUUUUACUGUGGGGGUCAAAACGAAAGUGAGGGUCAAACAGAUUCAAGUUCAUAUCCCUUUAGUCAUUGGUGUGUGA